GUUCCAUGCAUUUGAAAGCUUUCUCCCGCCAUCUUUCGUGCGGAUUAGCAAAGACUCGAAACAAAAGCCAGCGAGUCCACACAAUACCUUCCUCCUGGAGUGAACAACCUCGAAACCUCUCAGCUCCUUAAUCGCAAGCUCAUUCCUUGGUCAACCCCCUCCAAAAAAAAAAAAAAAAAAAAUGUCCAGCCGCCAGCUUCGGAAGCUGCAAGAACGGAAGGAGGCGCAAGAACUGAAGGAGCUGCGAGAACGGAAGUUGCGAGAACAGCAAGCGCUAGGCCAACAUGAUGCGCCGGCAGACAUCCCUGAAGACGACGAGCCAAUAAUACGUCAACCGCGCGCGAACUUGUUCUCCGGAUUCGCCUCUCUUGUGGAAGAUGGCGGCGAUGACGAUGAAGACGACGACGACGACGAUAUCGACGACGGCGCGGGGCAGCAGACUGCGGCGCCAAACCCUUCGGAUGCGACGGCAGCCAUCCCAAGUAAGAAAAGCAAGAAGAAAUCAAAGCGGAAGAAGAAGGCCAAGAAGGCGGACCCGGAGCCCCCCGUAAAAGAAGCGCCAGAAACUGGUGGCAUGGACGAGAUCGACCGCGCACUACAGCAACUCAAGGCCGCCGAGCCGACCCCUGUGGGCACAUCCGACUCUGAGCCGACAGACUGGUACUCCGCAGAACUCGCCAAGCUCCUGAGCAUAAAUACCAUGCAUCUCAAGGUGGUCAACGAGAUGCGGAAUCUUUUCGGGCGCGACGCCAUUGCAGCGAGUAGCGCGGAUAGCGAUCCGCAAGCAGGGGUAGACCUGAGAGCCAUGCAACGAGAGGGUCAAACCCUCGAGCAGUACCUCAAAGGACGGCCGGGCCAGAAGAUAUCCGAAGUCCUCUUAAGGCGAAACCCUUUUGUGGAAGGCAAGAGCUAUUGGCCCAAGGCUCCAGCUGGCGGCCUCACGAUGAAACGAGUCGACGAGAGUGAGGACUCGGAUCAAUUUACCGAGUUCGCAUUCGCCCACGAUCACGGUUACGAAUCACUGGAGGCGGUAUUCUUCCAAUGCGUCCAAACGCACGACCCUAUGAUGCUAGUGCACUUCCUCCAUCAAAACCCGUACCAUGUCUCCUCUCUGAUCCAGGUCAGCAAGGUCGCAAAACAGGACCAGAACUCGGCUCUUGCGGGCGAUCUAUGCGAGAGGGCGCUGUUUACGUUCGGUAGGGUGACUUUAUCGUCCUUCCGAAACAAACUGAAGGAUGGGCGCGCGAGGCUCAGCUUCAGCCGGCCAGAGAAUCGCCAGUUCUGGCUUGCUGCCUACAACUACGUCAGGAGUUUGAUGAUCAAGGGAACCUACAGGACGGCUCUGGAAUGGGCCAAGAUGUUGCUGUCGUUUUCCCCGGCCGACGACUAUGGGAUGCUGAACUUGAUACAUGGCAUCGCGAUCAGGUGUCACGAGGCCGCAUGGUUCAUCGAGCUGGUGUGCGAGAACGACCUGUUCAGCUAUCACAUGGCACGCCACGUGCCAAACAGAGACUACGUCAAGCAGACGGCUGUGUUGGCGAAGCUGCAGCUGGGUGAUGCAGCUGGUGCGAGGAAGCUACUGAAAGAAGGUAUGGAGACACUCCCUUGGCUUUACUGUGCGCUCUUGAGCGCACUAAAUAUGGACGCGCCCAAAUCCAUCUGGGGGAUUCAGGCCAGGAGCCCAAGCGAAGAGCUCUACACGGCCCUGUACAUCAGCCAAGCCAAGGACUUGUGGAACACCCAACAGGCAUCGGCACUGCUCAAAGAGGUAGCAACCUCGCUGGCGCGGCCGCCGGUGCACGAGACGUUGCCGGAAGCCGAGGACGUGGCGGAGAGUACGGCGCGGUUCGUGUACUUGGACAACACGCCGUCGUUGAUGGCGCUCGUGCCGCAUGCGCUCAUGCACGCGUCGCCGAAUUUCGACUUUGAUCCUCUCCCCCCGCCGCUUGAAGAAAACAUCUUCUCGAGCGUGGCGCAACGGCUGCCCUGGGACGGAACGCAGGCCCACCCUUCGACAUCGCAUCUCGGGGAGCUCUUUGCACGUCUAUUUCCGGCAGAGCAGCGGCGCUGGGAACAGUUGUUUCAGGGGCAGGGGCUAGGAGAUGUGGAGGGGUUGGAGGAGCAGGAUGAACUGGUGGAUGGGGUGCCGGAGGAGGAUAUCGAGGCGAUGGUACAGCUGCGUGCCGCUGUGGCAGAGUCUAGGAACGAUCCUGGGGUGCUCGCCCGGCUCGCCCAGAUGGCCGAGUUUAUGUUUGGUCGCCCUCGGGAUGCAGCUGCCAACGAGGCGGAAGACGAGCCCACCAUCGAUGCCGCUGCCAGCAGAGGCGAGGAUGAUGCUAUGCAGCAGGAGGACCGGAACCCGGCCCCGUCGGACACGCACGGUGGCCGGGGCGACAACACCAACCGGCAAGGAGACUGACCAGAUAGUGCUCGUGUCUCGGCCAUCCGUGCGAGUAUCUGUGCGGACAGAGUAUGGAUUAGAGCGCAGGGCUCUGCGUCUGCAUUGUGUGGCGUAGCUGCUGAAGAACACCACGCUGCACCAGCCCGAAUGUUUCCCCGCGCAUCCCGUCAGCCCACACGCAGGCCGUGCAUCGUUGCACGGGCUUGGUCGUACCUGAUGAUUGAGGGCAUAGGCAGUUAAUUACCUUGGUAGACAGAAUCCCCAAGCAAAUAUACCUACACGAGUCGGCCUAGUACACAGUACACAAAAGAGGCUUGAAAAUUGCGCAAGCUGACGGGCCACGAGCUACCAGGUGCGGGUGAUACAAGCCCCACGGGGGGCUCCAGCUCCAGGGGGUGUGUGGGCGACACCGACCCGAAACCUGCGCAGCUCUCGCGAAGCCAUUGAGCGACGAGGCCUGAUUAAUAAUUUGCUCACCAAAAGAGGCGAGCGGCAGCAGAGACCAGACGAGCAGGCCUGGACGGCGGCUGACCCUCCGUCAUUUUGGAUUUUCCAUAUAAUUCGGCCUGCUCCUCCUCAUUUUCUCUUGUUGUCCCU